AACAACUGUAGAGUAAGAAGAUUUUUUUAACAGCCACCUACUGCUUGAAUCUAUUCUUGAUCCCAUGUUUAGGUGAUUUGUCUUUCCAAAAUUAAACAAGAAUUUCAUAUUGCACAGGGAUACAUUUUUAACAGUGUCCGGUGGCAGCGGAUUCCACUAAAAGGCGUGAAAAUGGGAAUUUAAUUCAUAAAUGCCGCCUGCCGUGUCUGGCCUGCAGCCAGGAUUCCGCCUUCUUUCUGUUUUUUUCUGGCUCCCAUCCAGCCCCCCCUACUCGUAGGAGAGGUUCUUUCUUUCUUUUUUCUUCUUUUUAAAAAACCCGUCCUCACUGAGUGGAGCCUGGUUUGGGAGUGUGGAUGCGGUUAUUAUGCCCACACUUCGCAGACGAUCGGGACUGAACUGUCCUGCAUCGCUGCUGCGCGGUCCAGCCUGGUGCUGCGGUGUGUUGUAGCCGAGUUUCAGUCGGAGCUGCUCGGCGUCUCACAGUCCGAUGUCCCCGGUGUCCUGUUCUCUGCUCACUGAGCCAAACCCUCCAUCUGCUCCCUGGUUGUCUUCCCCGUGGAAAACUUACCAGGGGACAGUAGACCCGUAACAGUGCCAUUGGAACCGUCAUCGGCCUCCUCCAUUUCUUUUUUCUUUCUUAUUUGAAGUCUUUUCUGUUAGCCGGGAGAACGGUGGAGCGGCGGCACCGGGAACCAUGAGUGGACGGGGGGACGAGGCCGGGAAGAGCUCUAGUUCUCAGGAGUCCGCGGGGGCCGCGGAGCCCCAGAAGAGGAGGCCGGGGAGACCGAGGAAGCCCCAGAAAGAGCUAAGUGGAGAGUCUGUCCCUAAGCGACCAAGGGGCCGCCCCAAAGGAAGUAAGAACAAGGGCCCCUCCAAGGCAGCGCAGAAGAAAACUGAGGCAGCUGGGGUGAAAAGACCCAGGGGGCGACCCAGGAAAUGGGUGAGUCAGUGGUUCUCUUAAUGUCUGAGCCUGUGUCUGCUGCUGCCAUGCUGCACACUGGAACACACAUUGUACACAAGAAAUAACACAAGAGGGGAUUAAGUAGUUGUGGCUGUUGUGGGUGAAUUCUUGUGGAAUGAGGUAAAUGUGCAUGGGAAAGCCUGUACAAGUAAAGCAACAUUUUUAUUACUAUUACAUUUGUUUAUACAUUAUUGUCUCUGUGUGUACUGUAUUUCUUGGUGUUAAUGCUUACUGAAAUGGACUGUUUCACUUUCUGUACAUUUUGUACUAAUUUAUUGUCAUUAACUUUUAUUUUCUGGUCUGAACCACAUUCAGAGUUUCCUCUCUGGAUAUUGCUGAUGUGUGUGUGUCCAGGAAGAUCUGCAAAAUGUUUGUGCUAUCAGUCAAAGAAAAUGCUUAUCCUUCAUGCUAACCGCAGGAAUACUUAAAUAAUUCCACUGACAGCUUGAAGGCAUCACUGUUGAUCAGCUCCAAAUGCAGGGGUACGCAGCUGUCAUUUAGAAGUGUCACCAGGAAGAGCGAGGAGAGAUGCUGGGAACACAAGCUUCCUCCUGCAUAGACCAUGUCUGCAUUUUUAUGUGUUGAGGGAGGGGGUGGAGGUGUGUGGGGGGUAAGCCUACAAGAGGAGAGGUGACAGUCAUGUGUGUUCUGUAUUCAUUUCCUGGGAAGAAUGGUGUGUUCAAAGAAUUGAUGGUGCAUAACGGUGUAUUCUCCACUGUCAACACUCUGCUGGUUUCAUAGUUUCCAUUCAGCAGCUUUAAAAUCUACAAUAAGUUAAUGAAUUGCUUGGGUCAUUGCCAUGGUCAUCUUCAUGGUCUUUUUCAACAACAAGGCUGCAGCUACUAGGAUGACAGUUCAGGCUUUAUAGCAAGUCUAAUGCCUUUGGAGUAACUCACAGUUUGUCAUAGUAGCAUGCACUGGGAAUGUCUGAGAGCUGGAAGACCAGGCAAACUAGGUAAACCAUACUACCAAACCAAAUAUUCAUUUCUUCAUGCUUUACAUCCUGUGCAUACAGCAAACUAUUCAAUAUAAAGCAGUAUAGCCUUACCAAGAAAAUAAAUAAUAAUAAAAAAAAAUUCCUCCUGACAUAGUUCCCCAAAUGUUGCCUUUGGGUUUGGCUCUUCGUGGUCAUGCUAAUUUUCUACUCCCCACCUCCGUUGCAGACAACAUUGCUUUCAAAAUGCUCAUGAUUUUUACACAAAUUACUUCAAACUCUUAUCUCUGAGUCUGACCAAAAGUAAACACAGAGAGCAGCCCCUUGAAAUAGCUAUUACAGCUCAAUUGGUGAUAACAUAGUAAUGUAACAAGAGUUGAAAAAUACAGUAUAAGUGGGGCCGAUAGAGUUACAUUAGCCACAUUUA